AUGUCCUCCAAGUAUCGUUCCUUGUUAAUUACUUUACCACAUCGAGUUGGUGCUCUCAAAUCAUCCCUCGAUACCUUUUCCAAGCAUAAUAUUAAUUUGACCAAGAUUGAGUCGAAACCUUCCAAGAUUUCCACACGUGUGUUUAAUUUCCACGUAGAUAUUGAUGAACAGGCAAGUAAAGAGGAUGUUGAUAGUGCCAUUAAGGAUAUGAUUGAGAAUGGAAAGGCAGAGAAGGUGAAAUUCCUUGGUGGGGAGGAAUUGCCUUGGUUUCCAAGAAAGAUUUCGGAUAUUGAUUUUUUCACAAGACAAACACUUGAAGCUGGAGGUGAUUUAGAAAGUGAUCAUCCAGGUUUCCAUGAUAAAGAAUAUAGAGAUCGUAGAAAAAUGAUUUCUGACAUUGCCAUUAAUUACAAACACGGAGAACCAAUUCCAAGAAUCCAAUACACACAAAAUGAGAAUAAUACAUGGAAGGUAGUUUAUGAAAAAUUGACAGAACUCUAUCCAAAGUAUGCCUGUGAACAGUACAAUUACUUGUUUCCGUUAUUCCAGGAAAAUUGUGGAUUUAGAGCUGAAAAUAUUCCUCAAUUGCAAGAUGUCAAUGAUUUCCUUGUAGAAGUCACUGGUUUCAGAUAUCGUCCAGUUGCUGGCUUGUUGUCGGCUAGAGAUUUCUUGAAUGGAUUGGCCUUUAGAGUUUUUCACAGCACACAAUAUAUUAGACAUCACAGUUCUCCAUUUUACACACCAGAACCUGAUGUAGUUCAUGAAUUGUUGGGACAUUCAAUCAUGUUGGCAGAUCCAGAUUUUGCUGAAUUCUCCCAACAAAUUGGUCUUGCCUCUCUGGGUGCCUCAGAUGCUGACAUUGAUAGACUCGUUAGAUUGUAUUGGUACUGUUUAGAAUUUGGCUUGGUGAAAGAGAAUAAUGAAUUGAAAGCUUAUGGAGCUGGCUUGUUGAGUUCUUUUGGUGAAUUGGAAUUCAGUUGCACUGGAAAGGAUAGAAAUGGUAAGGUACCUCCACCAGAGUAUAGAAACUUUGUUCCGACAGAGGCAGCUGAGAGAUCCUAUCCAAUUACUCACUACCAACCAAUGUAUUAUGUUGUAGAUAGUUUAGAAUCUUGUAAAGAGCUCAUUAAGGGUUUCACAAUGAAUAAUUUGGAAAAGGAAUUUGUUGUCAAGUAUAAUCCAUAUACCAAUACAGUUGACGUCUUGGAUAGUGAAGCCAAAUUGAUUGCCCUCACCAAGACUGUUCAAAAUAAUUUGGAUUUAAUUUCGACUGCUCUUGGUAAAUUGAAAAAGAGUGCCGAAAUGGAAUAGUCAUGUAUUUUCUAUAUAGUGAGCGUAUUCAGCAAAAUAAAUAUUGUGAAGUUCCUAAU